AUGGGUAGGGGAAAGGUGGAGUUGAAGAGGAUUGAGAACAAGAUAAACCGUCAAGUGACAUUUGCAAAGAGAAGAAAUGGGUUACUCAAGAAGGCAUAUGAGCUUUCUGUCCUUUGUGAUGCUGAGGUUGCCCUCAUUAUCUUCUCAAACCGUGGGAAGCUCUAUGAGUUCUGCAGCGGAACUAGCAUGGCCAAGACACUUGAACGAUAUCACAGAUGCAGUUAUGGAGCCUUGGAAGUACACCACCAACCUGAAAUGGAAACACAGAGGCGCUACCAAGAGUAUCUCAAGCUGAAAUCCAAAGUUGAGGCAUUACAGCAAACACAAAGAAACCUCCUUGGGGAAGAAUUGGAGCACUUAGAUAUUAAGGAGCUUGAGCAACUUGAACGUCAACUGGACUCUUCCUUGAAGCAAAUCAGGUCUAACAAGACACAACAGAUGCUUGAUCAACUCUCCGAUUUGCAAAGAAAGGAAGAGAUGCUACUGGAAACUAAUAAUGUGCUCAGGAACAAGUUGGAGGAAAUUAAUGUAACCCUUCAACCAACAUGGGAAGCUAGGGAGCAAAAUGCUUCCUACAAUUGCCACCCUCCCCAAUCAGAGGGAUACUAUGAGACAGCACAUUGCAGUAGUACAUUGAGAAUUGGCUAUGAUACUUCAGUGUUAAAUGAAGCUGGAGGAGCUGCAGGAACAUCAACUCAGAAUGCUAGUGAAUUCAUGCAUGGAUGGAUGGAGUGA